UCUACAAACUAGUUUAAACAUUAGAGGUUGCGUGAAGAAGAAGAGUGGUAUCUUUGUGUUUUCUUGGGAGUUUGUGGUUGUCUGUCUUGUUGAGAAUGGGAAAGAUAGAUCAGAAAGAGAAAGCUCAAACAGUAGUUGAUCUUCUCAGAAAACAAGCUCCCCUCACUGUCAAACAGGAGAAGUUCUGUAACAAAGCUUGCGUAGAGCGGUUUCUGAAAGCCAAAAACGACACCGUGAAGAAAGCUGCGAAGCAGCUGAGAAAUUGUCUUUCUUGGAGAGACUCCAUCGGCACUGACCAUUUAAUUGCGGAUGAAUUCUCUGCUGAGCUUGCUGAUGGCCUGGCUUAUGUUGCUGGUCAUGACGGUGAAUCAAGACCCGUUAUGAUUUUCCGCAUAAAGCAAGAUUACCUGAAAUUUCAUUCACAGAAACAGUUUACUCGGUUGCUGGUGUUUACGCUAGAAGUGGCUACUCAGACAAUGUCGAAAAAUGUUGAACAAUUUGUUCUUCUAUUCGAUGCAAGCGUUUUCAGGUCAGCACCAGCUUUUAUGAACAUGUUGCUGGCAACACUGAAGAUCAUAGGGGACUAUUACCCGGGAAGGCUUCACAAGGCCUUUGUCAUUGAUCCACCAUCUCUUUUCUCUUAUCUUUGGAAGGGAGUAAAGCCAUUCGUUGAGCUUUCACCAUUUACUAUGGUGAUUUCAUCACUAGACUUCGAAGAGUCUUUGGAGUUUGAUGACUUCACAUCGUAUCCAAGGGCAGCAUCCCUCCGAUUUGAUCCAUCAAAUGUGCCUGGGUCGGCCAAAAUUGGCUCAUGUUCCUCUUCGAGAUUUUCCUUCACUGUUUCGCACCACAACGAUUCACUCAAACCUUGGCAUCUCUCAUUUACAGACACAUCAGGAUCUAAAGUGGGCUCCAAAACCUCGUCAGAAGCCCUAUUGGGCCCUACCAUCUCACCUCUCAAUGCAAGAUCCCACUCCUUUGCAUCGCCCUCUGCUAGAUCAUCACAUGGAAACCUGCGCACAAUCAAGAAAGGCUUCUUCCCAUCAACCCCAUUGCCACAAAAAACACAAAAAAUGGAUUCAUCGAUGAUCAACCAUCCAAGGACUCCAGGACCCUCAUUCCUUCAAUCAUCGGCCUUAUUCUUCAAAAAGGAUUGCCAAGUCAACAAAGUCACCAAAUGCCGUGAAUCGUUUAUCCCGUAUUUGAAGUUCUAUCGGAGACCGUACGAUGAGAUGAUUUAUAGAUCGAAGAUGCGACCUCCUCUAGGUGGCCUUAUCUCAAUUAUCUCUCCACAACUCAAGCGUAGACACAUGUCCGUCUCUCAACGAUUUUGAUUCUCUAAAAUCGUAUAUAGUAUUGAUAUUGACUAAAACUUCUCUUUAAUAAUUUAUUUAUUAUUUCUAUGUUUCGAUGUCAAAUGAUCCUUUAAUGCAUAGUACAUUUAUAUUGUCCCAAUAUUUAUUAUGUAAGUAAUAGACUACGUGCUAAGUGGGCUAUGAAAUAUCGUGCAAUGUCACAUUUGGUGCUAUGUGGAAGUAAGACAGCGUGGUCUAGACGGUGGACAUUACUUUGGAACCAAAGAAAUUUCCAAGAAUGCCAACUUUAUUGUUCCAAUAAAGCAAAUUAUUUUUUUA